AUUAUUGAAGUUCACAAUAGGAAAUGUUAAUGACAACCCACCCAGUUUUACACAACCAGUCUUCUAUGCAAAUGUGUCUGAGCUACAAAUGGUGGACAGUGUGGUUUUUACUUUCAAAGGCAAAGCAGAGGACGCUGAUGUGGGUGAAGAUGAUAUUAAAGAAUAUAACAUUACAAAUGGGGAUGAUUAUUUUAGAACAGGAGGAGCUGCUGCUGAUGGAAAUAUAGUGCUCAAUAAGCAACUGGAUUAUGAUAAUGAUAUAAGAACUUUUACUCUUAUUAUUUGGGCAUUAGAUUAUGGCACCCCAACCUUAUCAGCAAACACCACACUUGUUGUGAAUGUGAUUGAUGAAGACGACUUGAACCCAGUUUUUGAAAAGGAUUUUUAUGAACUAAGUGCACUUGAAAAUAGAACUUCUGUUCCAUUGUCUGUGCAUCCACCAAUCCAUGCUUAUGAUGCUGAUCUGGGUAUCAACCAAACUGUUAUGUAUGAGAUUUCUUCAGUUUAUCCGCCAAAGUAUGAAAGCUACUUCCAAGUGAACAAUGAAUCUGGGGUACUCCGGGUGGUGCAAGCACUUGACAGAGAACAGAUAGAUGCAGUAACAAUACAGUUGAAGGCAUACCAAGUGGACAAGCCAACCACUAGGACUGCAGUAGCCACAGUGCGUGUCGUAGUGAAUGACACCAAUGACAAUCCGCCUGUCAUGAGUAAGAAGGAAUAUACUGCCAGUGUACCAGAGAACACGGCCAAGGGGGCGCCAGUGGUACUGGUGUCAGCCACAGAUGGAGAUAUGUCUCCUGAAUUCUCAGCCUUUGAGUUUGUCUUAAAUGACACAAAGAAUGUCUUUGCCAUAGAUAACAGCACUGGACUGAUAUAUGUGAAAAAUAGCAGUGCCUUGAACAGAGAAAAUGAAGGCACAUUCACCAUGGAGGUGUAUGCUAAGGAGACACAGACUACUGAGAUGUACCAGAGUAGUCCCUCUCUAGUCACAGUGACGUUGACUGAUGUCAAUGACAACAGCCCUGUUUUUACAAACAUCAGCUACACCUUCCACAUCAAUGAGACAGCAACUCUGAGCACCACUGUAGGCAAGGUUGAAGCCUCUGAUCCGGAUGAUGGUAAAAAUGGGGAGGUAAAAUACUCUAUGCAAUCGCCCUCUGGUGGUGGAAGUCUAUUCAGUAUAGAUGAAGACAGUGGUGAGAUCUCGGUUCGGGGCAGCCUGGCCACUCUGCCUCUUAAGACACAGUAUGUGUUAGCAGUGGAAGCCAUGGAUCAGGCAGCUGUCAUUUCUCAAAGAAGGUCCGCGACAACUCUGGUGUACAUCUGGGUCAAAGAUGUCAAUAACCACCCGCCAGGGUUCCUGAAUGCACCGUACACUGUGAAUAUAUCUGAGGCAGUGCCAGUGAAUACUUUGUUAAUACAAGUACAGGCUGCAGAUGCUGAUGAAAAUGAUGGGAAAUCCCUAACGUAUGGCAUUCAGACUGGAAAUGAUGAUGGCCUGUUUGGGAUAGAUUCAAAAAGUGGAAGAGUAAUACUGAGGAAACAGUUAGAUAGAGAAAACAAGGACACACAUGAUCUUACCUUGAAUGUCACAGAUGGGAAGUUUAGCAAUUCCACCACCCUGACUGUGACAGUGUUGGACUACAAUGAUAACAUUCCCACAUUUAACCAGAGCAGCUUCAACUUCAGCAUUCCUGACAAUGCCACAGCCGGGACUAAAGUGGGCAAAGUCUUUCUGGAAGAUAAUGAUAAAAGUCAUGAGAAUUCCAAAGUGAAUUUCAGCAUUAUCUCAGGCAAUGACAGGUCCAUAUUUAGUAUGGACGUAGCCACUGGAGUCCUAUCAGUCGCUAACUCAAGCAAUCUGAACUAUAAUAUACAGAAACUCUUUCUUCUCAUUGUUGAAGCUAGAGAUCAUGGCACUCCUAUGUUGGCAAGUACAACUGAAGUACAGAUUCAUAUUCUGGAUGUUAACACUCUGCCACCCAAAUUCCAACUAGACGUGUAUCUGGCAGAAAUUAAGGAAAACAUGCCAAAUAGAACAAAUGUUAUACAGGUGGUAGCACAAGAUGAAGAUGCCAGUGACCAAUCUAUCACCUAUGACAUUGUCAGCAGUGACACAGCAUACUUUGCUAUAGACAGCAGCAGUGGGCAGAUCACUGCUUAUUCACUGGAUAGAGAAACCAAGGAUUUCUACCAGCUCAACAUCUCUGCUUAUGAUGGCAGGUAUUAUGGCUACGCUCUAGUGAAUGUCACAGUUUUAGAUGUGAAUGAUAAUAAGCCAGAAUUUAACAUCCAUCCAUCUGAUACUGUGCAACUUCCAAUCAACUCUAGUCCUGGGGCUCUGGUGUUUAAUGCCUCAGCAAAAGAUAAGGAUGCAGAAAACAAUAAGGAGAUCAUCUAUUGGCUGACGGGAUCAGAGCAGUUUGUCGUGAACUAUUCUUCAGGCUUGGUCAGUGUGGGUGGGCCACUGAAGGAGGGGGUAUACAACCUGACAGUGUAUGCUGCAGAUUUGGGAGUUCCCCCCCUGGUGUCCAGUUUGUCAGUCUCCGUGGCAGUCAUGCCGUCCGUAAGAGCGCCACCAAUGUUUCGGAACAGUACCUACUCUCUGUCUCUACUAGAAAAUACAACAGUGUCGGGUAUUGUGUUAACAGUGGAAGCACUCGAUGGAAACACAAGCCAGCCUGGGGCGUUUGACUACACAAUAGAGGGCAGCAGUGCAUUCAGCAUACACCCGAAUGGCAGUAUUGCAGUCAACCAAUCACUAGAUUAUGAAAGUGAUCAAUUUUAUGAGCUAACAAUCAAGGCUUAUUAUCCCAAUGACAAAAGUCUCAGUGCUACUGCCAUAGUGCGUAUCAAUGUGACAGAUGUGAAUGAUAACAGCCCAAUAUUUGAACCAGCUCCUGACAUCAUACCAAUCAUCCCUCCUGAUGGUCCCUUGAACAAAACUAUAUAUCUGUUCACUGCCACUGAUAGAGAUAAAGGCGAAAAUAGCAUAAUCAGGUACAGCCUGCUCGAUCCCAGUCCUCAGUUCUCCAUCGACUCAUCAACGGGGAUGCUUUCAGGUGACAACAGCAUGCUCUCUGCAGGCAGCGUCUAUCCUCUGACCAUACUGGCCACAGAUAAAGGGUCCCCACCCCUGACUGGAAACAUCAGUGUCACCAUCCAGGUCAUCAAUACAUCCUUGGCAGACAUUGUUUACUUCGUCCCAUCAGCCUGGUACAGUGCUUCUGUAGUGGAAAACAGCACUGGUGCUGUCAUUGUUGAUGUUAAUGCUACUGUCACCAAUGACCGUGCUGAAAGUGUGUAUUAUAAUAUUACAGGAGGCAGGGGGUGGGAGAACUAUAACAUUAAUGAGACCACGGGGGAGCUCCAAGUUGUACAAGCUGUAGACAGAGAGGCUGCUUCUGUGCACACAGUUUUGGUGACAGCUUACAAAGAAGAUGAUCCAAGCAAAUUUGCCGUGGCAGGGGUUAUUAUCUCUAUAGAAGACAUAAAUGACAACGAGCCAUCUUUCCCAUUCCAAUCCUACCACAGGGUACUGGCAGAGAACACUGCAGUGAACACCACAGUGAUACAGCUACAGGCACAGGACAGGGACCUAAACCCUGUGUUACGUUACAAAAUUGUGAAUGACACUUCUGAUGGACUGUUUUGGAUCAAGACAGAGAACAACAUAGGUGUUGUUCGUGUAAAUGGCUCCAUAGACAGAGAAGCCAUGACAGCUCCAUUUUACUACUGGCUAGAGGUGUCUGUUAAUGAUGGUAAUUACUCCAGCACAACAAAGUUACAGUUGUUCAUCAAGGACCAAAAUGACAACCCUCCUGUGUUCAACACCUCAGAUUUUAAUGUGGCUGUCAUGGAGAAUCAACCCAAUAGGACAGUUGUGGCUCAAAUCACAGCAGACGACAGGGACACCAUGGAUGCCAACAAACUGAGAUAUGAAAUUAUUCCAGAUCAGACAGGCAACUUUUUCAUUGAUGAGAGGUCUGGUACUAUUUUUACUGACAGGAAACUUGACAGGGAGACUCGAAGUUCAUAUCAAUUCAAUGUAUCCGUCACUGACACUAGUGGAAAGAAAGAUGUUGCUAUAGUGACAGUGACAGUAUUGGAUGCCAAUGAUAAUGACCCCAUAUUUGUGUAUGUACCUACUGCUAUCAUUGACACACAGGAAGGAAAAUCUAGCCUUGGUCAAGUCCUCUUCAAUGUGACUGUGUCGGAUGCUGAUGUGGGACUGAAUGGCUUGCUGAACAUCAGUGUGGCAGGGAAAGAUGGAGAGGAUUUUGAAGUGGUGCAGUAUGGAAACACAGGCAGUGUGAAAGUAAAGGAAAUGCUGGAUAGGGAAAGGUCACAUGUUAAGCUUGGCUAUGAGAUGUACAAUAUCACAGUGCAGGUCACUGAUAAUGGUGACCCACAAAGGAGAAAGGAGACCCAUGUGUACAUCCGUGUCAAUGACACCAAUGACAUGGCCCCAGUGUUUGAUAGCAGAGCCUACAGUGCCUUUGUCUAUGAGAGAUCUCCCCCUGGCCUUCCCCUCAUUAUUGUCACAGCCACGGAUGAUGACUUCUACCCAGAGUUUAGAAAUAUUACAUAUAAAAUUGAUUCUUCAUCAGGUCCAGGUGGAGUAUUUGGAAUGUACCCAAAUGGAACUCUGUUCCUGAAUAAGAUGUUGAAUGCCACACCUGCUGUUUAUAAUAUGAAAGUUGUGGCUGAUGAUGGAGUGAAUAAUGAUACGGCUGACCUACGCAUAAAUGUGGUCCCAGCCAUGGACACUGCUCCGGUCUUCAAUGCCACCAUGUACACAUUUGAGGUUGACGAGAGCAACAGUACAGGGGUAUUUGUGGGCCGGGUGUUUGCAAGAGCUGUGCCCAGAGAAUUCAAUGAUGGGAUUGAGUUUAACAUUUCCUGCUGCAUGGAGUCUGCCCACAUGUUCAUGAUAGUUAAGAAUGGCAGUAUUUACUCCCGGGUGCCCUUGGAUAGAGAGAACAUGACGGACAGUCUCACAUUGACGGUCAGUGCACUGGAUACCACAGCUGUGCAGGGAAGAAAGGCAAAUGUGGAGGUAAAGAUCACAGUGAAGGACAUCAAUGACAAUCCACCCAUGUUUGUGUCAACCAGUUUCACUGGCAAAGUAUCUGAAGAUGCUAGUAUUGGCACCACUAUACACAUGAUCCCCCCAGUGAAGGCAGUAGACAAGGAUAAAGAGGCAGAAUUAACAUACAGACUUUCUCCAUCCAGUCCAUUCGACGUGACCAGUGGAGGGGUCAUCACAGUGACUGGGGCACUGGACAGAGAAAGUCAGAGAGAUUAUAAUUUGACAGUAACGACCAGUGAUGGAGUGUUCAGCACCACAGCUAAUGUGUACAUAGAACUGAUAGAUAUCAAUGACCAGUUCCCAAGUUUUUCCCAGCUCAACUACUACUUCAAUGUCUAUGAAAACGCUACCCAGGGUGACAAAGUUGGACAGGUCAAUGCCACAGACUGGGACGGAAGCGAUGAACUAAUGUACUUCAUCGAGAUUGGGGAUGGUGGGAAAUUCUAUAUCAACAGAAGGACUGGUUCUCUCCACACGUUUGGUGGACUGGACAGAGAGAUGACCAGCCAUUACUCCCUCAAUGUCACUGCCCAGGACAUGGGGCCCAAGGCCAACUCCAACUGGACUCUGGUCUCCAUCACCAUCCUGGACGUGAACGACAACCCUCCUCAGUUCAACCAAUCAGAUUUGACUGUCCACGUCUCUGAAGACGCCGCCAAUGGAAGUGUGGUCGCCAGUCUGACUGCAUAUGACCUAGAUUUGAAUGGAACUGUGACCUUAAGUUUGGAGACAACAUCUGCUCCUUUUAUUCUGUUAUCCAAUGGCUCUCUCCAGACAGUCGAUACUCUGGACCGUGAGGGUAACCCUAAUUACACCCUUAAAGUCUCUGCUACAGAUGGGCAGCUCGCCUCCACUGCUACUGUCACUGUCAUUGUGGAUGAUGUCAAUGACAAUGACCCCAAGUUCAGUUCCCUGAACUAUCGUGUCAGCAUGCUCGAUCCUUAUCGAGCAAACUCUAUAAUAUUAUAUGCAUCUGCCUCUGAUCGUGACGCAAGUAGCAAUGGAGAAAUAGUAUACAAAAUACUGGGAGAGGGCAGUGACUUAUUUAGCAUUGAUGAGAUAGGCAUUGUAAAAGUUGCCCAAGACAUUGCCAGGAACAGUCUGAUCCAGCGCGGCCUGAUCAGUAAUAGUACAGAAAAUUCCACCUUCUCCGUUACCAUACAUGCCCAAGAUAAAGGAUCACCCCCAAGAAAUGGCACUGCUUUAUUAUUUGUAACCAUCGUGGAGAGCAGUGAUGACACACCCAUCUUUGAGAAUUUUACAUACAAUGGAGCAGUAGAUGAGGGAAGUGCAAUAGACACCCCUGUAGUGACAGUGAAGGCUGUGAUGAACACUUCCCUGACUCUGUUAUAUGAAAUUAUGGGAACGGACGCUUUUAAACUUGCUGGAGGAAACUCUUCGGUUGGUACGCUAAUAAGCACCAACAAAAUACUAGACAGGGAAGCCCAGGCAUCCUAUCUAUUCACAGUGGUAGCCAAAACACAGGGAAGUCCUCAAAGACAGGGAUAUGCUCAGGUAAAAGUGGUUGUGAAUGACAUCAAUGACAACUCACCAGUGUUUACAAAAGGCAAGGAUAUUUAUGAGGUACAAGAAGGAAACUUCGCAGGCCAACCAAAAGUGCUUGGGACCUUCCAGGCUGAUGACAGAGAUGAAAAUACAGCCAUGACUUACUCCAUUGUGUCUGGAAACACAGGUGAAUUUAACAUUAAUAGCUCAUCUGGUGUACUCUCUGUGGUUGGUUUGAUUGAUAGAGAGAAUGUUACACAAUACAUGUUGACCGUACAGGCAUCAGAUGGUGGAUCCCCACCAAGGAACACUACCACCAAUGUGACAAUAACGGUCCAAGACGUGAAUGACAAUGCCCCUGUCUUCAACACCUCCAGCCCAGUGAUAUUUCAUACACCAGAACUGGAGGGACCUGGCUUAGAGGUUGGUCGUCUGUUUGCCAGUGAUCCAGACCAGGGUUUGAAUGGGAUAGUGCACUAUAAGAUCAGUGGCCCAGGGAGACCUUCCUUUUACUUGGAUUUUGAUGGCAUUUCAGAUGCUGUCACAUUGAGGACAUUACAUGAUUUGGACUCUGCCACAAAGCUGUACAACCUCAAUGUGACUGCAUUGGACCUGGGCAAUCCUGCUCUCAGUGUUGCUAUUGAGGUGACAGUGAAUGUGACGGGUGUGAUAGAGACAACUACCACAAUGGUUCCAACUACUGCUCCCAGCACUGAUGUGACAACAGAAAGUGCCACUGUGACCACAGGCAAGUUCCCAAUGUUUCCUAAGAACCAACUCAGUGUCAUCCUAGAGGAGAAUCAAAACCGGCUCCCACAGUUCAUCAUAGAUGUCAACACAACAGAGGAGUACAGCAGCAGCAGGGGGGUGGUCUACACCAUCAUCUCAGGGAAUAAUCAAAGUUAUUUCUUCAUCAAGAACAGCAGCGUAGGAGAUGUGUAUUGUAAUGCCAGCUUGGACAGAGAGUUCAAGGAUGUUUACACCCUAGAGAUUAAAGCAGAAUUUGGAACAAGACUGAGGAGAGACACAGACACAGACCGACCUAAUGUGCUAACUCUCACCAUAGAAGUUGGAGAUAUGAAUGAGAAGCCUGUCUUCCCCAUAAAACCCAUUGUCAUAACUGUUUCAUCAAAAACGGUAGAGAAUUCUGUUAUUGGCAAAGUCAUGGCAAUAGAUGGCGACUCUGGUUCUGGUGGUGUACUAACUUACACUGGUGACAACCAGUAUAUCAGUAUUGACAAGUCCACAGGUGACCUGACCAUGGUGAAGAGGCCUGGUGACAAGGGGACUACUAUGAAUGUGACAGCUACAGAUGGAGGGGGUCUCAAUGACACUGUGCUGGUCAGGAUUCAGUGGAUCAAGGUAGAUGGGAUUGAAAUAGUGAAGUUGGUUGGUGAAAUCAAGCCAGAAGAAGCCUGGAAACGCAGAGAUACAAUCCUCAGCAAUCUGACAGACAUCUUGGAAUGGGACAUCUUUCUAGAAGGAGAAAUACAGACACAUGUCAAUAAUUCCAAAGAAGAUUUGGAAAAAACUGAUAUGUUUAUCUAUGCAGUCAACAAGACCACAGGAGCUAUUGUUCCCAAGGCAGAGCUAGAAGCAAAGAUGGACUUGAAGAGGGAUGAGAUUAAAGGUCUGUUCAAGGCAAUCAAGCUGCUCAGGGUGCAGCCAGCCGCUGUCGUGCGUGGUGAGCAACAGGACCUCUCUGCUGCUGAGAUUGCUCUCAUUGCUCUCGGAAUCCUAGUAGUGUUUGGGACAAUCCUUGGAAUAGUGCUGCUGGCAAUUUCUUGGAGACAGAGAGAGAUGGAGAGAAAGAUGUCUGAGAAGAUGCAUGUGGGCAGUGGACGUGACAGUGAAGAUGGCAUUGCCAUGGUGAACCCUGCUUACGAGUCUCCCGAACAACUUUCACCCAGAGAGGUGGAAUCUGAUAUUGAACCUGACGCCAAGGAGGUAUUUGCACUCGAGGCAGGGCACGAGGUCCAGACUAUCACCCUUGACUUUUCUGCAGCACCCGAGGACACUGUCCACCCCUCCCCCUCCUCUCAUCCCCUGCCUCGCUCUCACCCUCCAGACGUUAUAAAUAGCAAUAACCAAGCCCAUCACGACCAUGAUUAUUACUUUUCGCCCCCGGAACAACAAAGUGUCCCUCCCCAGCACACAGAACAAGAAGAGGCAUAUGAACCAGUUGUUCUGGCACCAUCACAUCAACCAUUUAUAGAAACACAUCCACAAAAUGAAGGAUAUGCACAACAGUCACCAGGUGAAAUCCAUCCACAAAAUGUACAGUAUGAACCCUCGCCUAGAGACACCCACCCACAAAAUAUCAGAUACGAACAAAUUCCCCUCAAAGUAAGACACGAACAUUCCCCUGCUGAAAACCCAUCACAGAAUGUCCAAUAUGAACUAAUUCCAUUGGAAAAUCAGCAGCAAAGUAUAAGAUUUCAACAAGUUCCUGUCGUAAGUUUGCCUCAAAAUGUAAGAUAUGAACAGAUUCCUGUGGAAAACCGGACUCACAAUAUAAGAUAUGAACAGAUUCCUAUUGAAAAUCGGACUCGAAGUGUAAGAAAUGAACAGAUUCCUGUCGAAAACCAGCCUCAAAAUGAAAGAUAUGAACAGAUUCCUGUUGGAAAUCACCCACAUAAUAUAAGAUAUGAACAAUAUCCGGAAUAUGUGGAUGAAGUGAACUCAGAAACUAGUGCCUACUUUGAUCCAGAGACUGUAGUGUAUUUAAAUCCUCAUCACUCUCUUCCAUCGCGGCGGUCCGGAAAUGUUCGCCUAAUUCACAGUUCUGUACCUCUGGUGGCUAAUGAAGUGCCUCCUGAGGACCAGUAUGUCAGACUGAGUCAUGUAAACAGUGCCCCAAGAGUGCGUAGAAAUAACUACAACAGCAGGCGGCCUACUGUGUUUGAGAUGGAACCCAUGUUUUACGGCCAGGAGGGCGUUCCUCUUAGGCAGUACAGUAAUCCUCCGUCAGAGGUGUCAUUCAGUAGUGAACCACCAAUCGUCUACACAAUCCCCAGAAAUGAGACUUACAACCAUGACAACAUUUCACUCAGAAGUGCACCGCCUUCUCAGUGGGCCAGACGACAGCCAAAGAUGGCGCCACAGGUAGUUUAUGGCAGACGGAUACCACCUCAAGAAUAUAUACACGGAACACCUGUGCCCUCAAAUUAUGCAGAGCAUACACCUAAACCUGCACACCCACAAAGUGUCCGUAGGCCCCUUGUUUUCACCAAUACCCCUCCACCCAGGCCUCACAUUAGCACGCCCAGAGAAGUCAAACAAAGAUCCAAUAGUAAUCGCAGCACCCCUAAGUUGGGUGUUGCCGGGCGUAGGUCCAUCACCCCUACCAAUUCUAUGCUCCGCCCCAGACCUCGAACAGUGCCACGGAGAAGUAACUCUGACCGUAUGGGCAGUGGUCCAGACUUGGUAGUGGUCAAUGGGUCAGCCUCGGAUGACUGGGUCCAGCCCUACAAUACUUUAGAGACUGAGGAUGGAAGUCGAAUGCUGACAGAUGAGCAGGAGGUGACACUGGAUAUUUUGGACGACACUUCGGACUAUGACCCCAGUAUCAAGAGCUUGAACAAUGUCAAUAUGGAGGGUGACACUGAACCAGAGGGCAUGGCCAGGGUGUUCUCUCUGGGUUGUCAAUCCCCUGGGGCCGCCUCUUCUGAUCAGCCAGAACUUCAACCAGAUUAUGAUGAUGUUGCCAAUGAUAAUGCGGACAAUGUAUCAAACCACCCAGAGCCAGAUUAUGAAGGAGACAAUGGUGCAGAGGUUCUGCCAGAUUAUAAUGAUGACUAUGAUGAUGUCACAUCUGGCUUAGGGGACAGCGAUGGGACAGACAAGCAAUUAAGUAGCAGUGAUGAGGAACCAGGCUCAGGACAAGGUACAAGCGAUCAAGAUUUCCCAUCUGCUGCAGAAAACCUGGGUGGUGCUUCAGGGUCUGAAGAUAUACCACCAGCCGUGGUUAUAAAUCUUGAAGAUCUUCAAGAGACCAUUGUUGAUGGUGAUGAAGAGAAAGAGGAGACCAGCAAUGGAGAUAAACCAACCAGCCAUGAAGUUUCCCCUUCACAAAGCCUGAAUCUUGGAAAAGGUUCUCCAGGGAUUGUUGACUUGGAUGAUCUGCCAGAAACACCUCUGACUGGAGAUGACAAAGCAGAAGAAAAGAUCAUGGACUUGCCAUCGGUUCAUUCUUUCCAAGAGUUUGAGGAAGCAGAAACCGCCUUUGGUGCAGAUGAAAACAAAACUGGAGACAAGACAACAGAACCAGAACCCACACUCCCUUCCAAGGUAACUCCUCCAACACCUCCACCACCACCACCACCACCACCAUCAGCACCAACAGCCACCACAAAAGAGGUUCUGGCAAAUGACCCACCAAAAUUGAAUGGUAUCUUGAAGACUGCCAAGCCGCUUGUCCCCCCUGUGUCUGUGAGCAGCCAUGAGGUCAGUGCAGGCACUGUGCCUCAUGUCACCUUCUCCGACCAUCAUGUGACCCCCAGCGAGACUGCGGAAGGACCUAGCAGCGAGCUGGGAUAUGAGGAGGACUUCACAUAUCUUUGAAUUGAUGAUUGGUUUUGAUACAAAGCAAUGUUUUUGAUUCAAGUAACUUUUUUUCAAGAUUUGAUACAAAGUUAUAAUUUUGAUUUAAUUUUUGUCUCUUUGAUUUCUUUAUUGUGACUGAGGAAAGAUAGUUCUGGGUGUUUGAUUGGCUAUAUCUGCAAUUUUUUUUCUCAAGUAUAUUUUCAAUAACUGCAUAAAGAUCACUUUUUGUAAGAGAAUGUUAAAAUCAUACAUAUGAGGUAUGAUUCAUCAUGAAGGUAUAAUCCGAAGUAAUUUGUUAUGAUGUUUGUGAAAUAUUUAUGUCAUUCUUUAUAUUGAUCAGACGUGGAGUCUGUUUUUCUCCACAUAUGCAAACUGAUGUUUUAUCUUCUUAAUUUCAUAAUGGCCUUUUGCCGAAAUGGAAUGUUAUCUCUAAAAGUGAAAAGCUCAUAGAGAAGACAUUAUGUAAUCACGAUCAUGUUUGACUUCUGUAGUUUGUAGAAAAUAAGGAUUAUAAAAUAUUAUUUAGUUCUUAUAUGAUUUAUUUUAUGCCAUGAUAUUUAUUUGCUUUAAAUACACGCGUGUAAGCUGCAGCUUAGAUCUCAUGAUAGCCAUAAAUCACAAUUUCAAUAACCAAGGUACAUCAUAUUGUAGACAGUGGCACUGUAGCUAGCUGCCAUUCUAGUCAAGACCUACAAGUGGCAUAAGGAUAAAUGUAGGUGAAAUAAAGCACAUGCUCUUUUUUAUUCAGUGCAUGUAUGACAGUGCACAAAGUUGACAGAAAGUCACGUCAAUGGUCUGUGUGAAAUAAUGAAGAUGAUGAUGAUGCAUAAUUUUCUGGGUAUCAUUUUUUGAAGAUUCGAUCUAUGCAUUUUUGACUAAAUGUCACAUUUUUUGUCUUGAUAUUUUAGUAAAACAUUCCAGAUGUUUGUUUAUGUGUGGUUUUGUGUGUUAAAUCGUGCCUUUAGACAGGUGUCAUGAUCUAGUCAUCUCUACCCAAUCUUGCCUUGCAGACAAACGUAAUACAAUUUUGUUAGACAUAAGAUGUAACGGUGUCAUUGUUGUAUUGUACAAUGUAAUGAUGUAUUCUGUUGACCUAAUUGUGUAGCAUUAUAUUAAGUGUAAUGUGCUUGACAGUAGGAAUCAAAAUGUGCAGCUAAGUGCACCUUUUCCUUAAUAUUGUAGCAUAUAUGUAUUUUUCUUUACAAUUUUUUCAUUGAUUUAUACGCUUUGAAAGGUUGCAAUGCAACCCCUCAGAAUGCUCCAGGUUUAAACCCAUAAUUAUUUAUUUUCAUCAUUCUGAUGGUACUUAAAGUCUACCAGACUUAAUCAGGAUUUGGAAGAAUUAUACUGCACAAUGGUUACAAAUCCAGUCUUUUUGCAGUGGUUUAAUUGUUGAGAUCUACUCAUUGAUAUCAGGCUACUCCACCAAUCCCUAUGCCAAAAGAUGCACAUUCAUAUAGGUCUUGAAUAAGAGAAACACUCAGGUCUGCUUCUUUGAUGGUGUAGUGCCUACUUUAUCAGAAAAAAAUUAGCAAACAUUAUUAGGAAUGAGCUUCCCAAAUGUAGCUGAAUGCAAGUCACAAUUCGCAGUUUUCACAAAAAUAUUUGAAUAAUGUGUAGGUUAUGUCAUUGUGCAUAAGUAUUGGUUAUGUUACAAAGGUGCGGAUAUCUUUUUUUAUCUAUAAGUAAUUUUAUAGUAUAUGAUACUAUACAUUUAUUACAUCUUAAGUUGUUUGAAAAUGACAGUGCCAAUGAGAUAAAUAUUGCAGCGUCUGCUUUGAUGUGAGCGGUGAUAGAUUUGCUUUUUUGCACCACCACGCCGAUAGAGGGUCGAAGGGUUUAUUUAUUUUUGGGAAAUAAAAUGUGCCUAAAUGAA